GUACUGUGUAUAUAGUAGUGGUGUUCCAAUGCAGUAUAAAUCAGACCAUUUCAAUGGUGGCUGUCAAGUAUAUUAUAUUUAUGUUGUAAAAUAAAAAGUGUGAGCCGCAUGUAGUUCAUGUAUAAAUAAUUUUGGUGCUAAAUCAAUAUAUUAUUUAAUUGAUUUGAUUGUGUGUGUUAAAAAUUAAUUUUUAACAAACAAAAUUCAUUAUAAGAAACACAAAUGUUUACUGGAACCGUGCGUGUAAAAAUAUGUGAAGCUUGUGGACUGAGGCCGACGGAUUUUCAAACACGACAUAAUAUGACAUUUGGUAAACCUGAUGUCAUUGAUCCGUAUGUAUCAAUUGAUGUUGAUGAAAAUCAUCUGGAUCGUUCAUCAACAAAACCAAAAACAUUUGAUCCGAUAUGGAAUGAAUGUUUUGUACAUGAAGUACAGAAUGGUGUCACCCUUGGUUUGACUGUGUUUCAUGAUGCUGCAAUACCACCAGAUGAUUUUGUUGCUAAUUGUAGCAUACCAUUUGAGGAUUUAUUAAAUCGUGAUAAAGAUGCUGCCGAUUUUUGGGUGGACUUAGAACCUCAGGGAAAAAUUCAUAUACAAGUGGACUUAAAAUGGAAUUCACAAGGCGAUUCGCAACCAUUGAAACCGCGCGAAUUCAAAGAACGGCAAGGUUUAAAUCGUCGGCGCGGUGCCAUGCGUCGACGUGUACAUCAAGUAAAUGGUCACAAAUUUAUGGCAACAUUCCUGCGACAGCCAACUUUUUGUUCACAUUGUCGAGAGUUUAUUUGGGGAUUGGGCAAGCAGGGCUAUCAAUGUCAAGUCUGCACAUGCGUGGUUCACAAACGAUGCCAUUUAUCUGUGGUUACCAAAUGUCCUGGAAUGAAAGAUGAGGUAUCCCUCAAAUCAAAUCGUAACAUGAAUAAUAGUCAAACUAGUCAACCGGGAAGCGGUUUUAGUGUUAAUAUACCUCACAGAUUUGUGGUUCACACAUUUAAACGGUUCACAUUUUGUGAACAUUGUGGCUCCUUAUUAUAUGGUCUUCUACGCCAAGGAUUACAAUGUGAAGUUUGUAACAUGAAUGUACAUAAAAGAUGUCAAAAGAAUGUGCCUAAUAAUUGUGGAAUAAAUACUAAACAAAUGGCCCAAAUAUUAGAGGAAAUUGGUAUAUCACCAGAUCCAGAUAAACAAACACCAAGACGUUCAAAAUACAUGAAUCAAGCAUCACAUACACAUUCGGCUGGUGGGAGUAGUGCAAGUGAUAACAGUUCUGGUUCACAAUACUCCGAAAAUUUAUCAGUAUCAAGUGCCAUCUCAGGUCAUAACACCGAUAAACAUCACUAUGAACCACAAGACAACGAAAAAUUAAGUGCAUGUUCUGAUAUAUAUUCAAGUAGUAUGGAACGAUCAGCGAGUGGUAAAUUAAAAUUAGGUUUAGAUGAUUUUAUUUUUAUAAAAGUAUUAGGCAAAGGAAGUUUUGGUAAAGUAAUGUUAGCUGAAAAAAAGGAUUCAGAUGAAAUAUAUGCGGUAAAAGUAUUGAAAAAAGAUGUUAUUAUACAAGACGAUGAUGUGGAUUGUACGAUGACUGAAAAACGAAUAUUAGCACUAGCUGCUAAACAUCCAUUUCUUACUGCACUCCAUUCGUGUUUUCAAACCAAGGACCGAUUAUUUUUUGUAAUGGAAUAUGUAAAUGGUGGUGAUUUAAUGUUUCAAAUUCAACGUGCACGCAAAUUUGAUGAACCUCGUGCCAGAUUUUAUGCCGCUGAAGUAACCCUAGCCUUACAAUUUUUACACCGUAAUGGUGUUAUAUACAGGGAUUUAAAAUUAGAUAACAUAUUAUUAGAUGCGGAGGGACAUUGCAAAUUAGCUGAUUUUGGUAUGUGCAAAGAAGGUAUUAAAGAUGGUGCAACAACAACUACAUUUUGUGGAACACCUGAUUAUAUUGCACCAGAGAUUUUACAAGAAUUAGAUUAUGGACCAAGUGUGGAUUGGUGGGCACUUGGUGUAUUAAUGUAUGAAAUGAUGGCUGGUCAACCACCAUUUGAAGCUGAUAACGAAGAUGAUUUAUUUGAAUCAAUAUUACACGAUGAUGUAUUAUAUCCAGUAUGGUUAAGUAAAGAAGCUGUAUCAAUAUUAAAAGGUUUUAUGACCAAAAAUCCGAGUAAACGUUUAGGUUGUAUUGUAAAUCAUGGAGGUGAAGCUGCCAUAUUAGCACAUUCAUUUUUUAAAGAUAUUGAUUGGGCUGCAUUAGAAACACGUCGUGUUAAACCGCCUUUUAAACCAAAAAUUAAAAGUAAAAAAGAUGCAUUAAAUUUUGAUGCUGAAUUUACGAAAGAAGAGCCAGUAUUAACACCAAUCAAUAUGGAUAUAGUAAAUUCAAUAAAUCAAGAAGAAUUUAAAGGUUUCUCAUUUGUAAAUGAAAAUUUUAAUCCAGCGAGGUAUUUAUCAAUAGAAAAAAACACAGCUUAAAAUUAUAAUAAGCACAACAAAAUAUGUCUCGUCAUUAAAUGAAUUCAAACAAGUUAUUUAUUAAUUAAUUUGUAAUUAAAAAAAAAACACAAAAGAUAUUUUAAUUAAACAAAAUAUUUGUGUGUGUGUUUGAAGUUUGAUGUCCAAUGUCGAUGAAACGGUGGUUUGGGAGGGGAAUGAAAUAUUCAUCAUAAACCCCCAUACAUGAUACCACCUCAUCAUUGAGGCACACGCAAAUUAAAAAUUGUAUGGAUGUGAUUACAAAGUGAAUGAAUGGAUAAAUCAUCAUUAAUAUACGGCCAUGUUACUUACAAUUAUUUGAUUUAAGAACACAAUUUUUUGGGUACCUGUGAGAAAAGGCUCAGCGGAAAUCUGUGCAAUAUGCGUGUGGAAUAUUUAUUAAAUGAAUCUCCUUGUGUAGCGUUAUUUUAUCACAUUUAGAAGACUUACCAAGAUAAUACUACACGUAUAGUAUCCAAAUUUAUACAAAACAACGGACUUCCGUUCCUACAUUGUUUUGACAACUCUUCAAGAAAAAAAUAACAUAUGUACCCUGUUACAUUCUCCGUCAAUAAAAGCAGCACAUCCAGUCGAAUGUAAUGUGAUUUAAGGUAGGAAAAAUUUUUGCGCUCUCUAUAAAUCAAAAGGCCUACAUACGUCGGGCAUCACAGAUCAUCAAGGGAAAAAUUAAUUAUUGUACAUAAUCUUAGAGGCCCCAAAAUGACAGCAUAAAAAACAAAUGACGAUACGACCAAAACG